GACUCCGACCGCCCCGUCGGGGAGCCGGCCAGCUCGUCCGGGCUGCGCUGCUCCGGUGUCCGGAGCGUCUACCUCCCCGUUGACCCUCGGGGCUGCCCGGACUCUUUCCGCCCCCUCCUGCGCUCCGCAACCCGCCCGGCGUGCACCAUGAGCGGCGGCGAAGUGGUCUGCUCCGGAUGGCUCCGCAAGUCCCCCCCGGAGAAAAAGUUGAAGCGUUAUGCGUGGAAAAGAAGAUGGUUUGUGCUGCGCAGUGGCCGAUUGACAGGAGAUCCAGAUGUCUUGGAGUACUACAAAAAUGAUCACGCCAAGAAGCCCAUCCGGAUUAUCGACUUAAACUUGUGUCAGCAAGUCGAUGCUGGCUUGACGUUUAACAAGAAAGAGUUUGAAAACAGCUACAUCUUCGAUAUCAACACUAUUGACCGGAUCUUCUACUUGGUGGCAGACAGUGAAGAAGAGAUGAAUAAGUGGGUCCGUUGUAUCUGUGACAUCUGUGGGUUUAACCCCACAGAAGAAGAUCCUGUGAAGCCGCUUGGCAGCUCCUCACAAGCCGCCACUGACUCGCCGUUUGCUGUACACACAGCACCAGCCUCGGCGCAGGCCGAUGCGUCUUCUGCGGCUCUGCCUCCUUCGUACCAGCUCAUUAGCCUCCCGCCACACCCGGAAACUCUUGGCCUCCAGGAGGAUCCACAGGACUACCUCUUGCUGAUCAACUGUCAAAGCAAGAAGCCCGAGCCCACUAGAACCCAUGCUGAUUUUGCAAAAUCCACCUCUUCUGAAACAGACUGCAAUGAUAACGUCCCUUCUCAUAAAAAUCCCUCCCAGAGCAAACAUGGAGUGAACGGCUUUUUUCAGCAACACAUGAUGUAUGACUCCCCACCGCCACGUGCCGCGUCUGUCUCUGUGGACUCCAGCCUCUAUAACCUCCCCAGGAGUUACUCCCAUGACGUUUUACCAAAGGAGUCUCCAUCAAGCACCGAAGUGGAUGGAGAACUCUACGUUUUUAAUACGCCGUCGGGGGCAUCGACUUUAGAGACUCAAAUGAGGCAUGCAUCUGUUAGUUACGACAUUCCACUGGCACCCGGUAACACUUACCAAAUUCCGCGGACAUUUCCAGAAGGCACCUUGGGACAGACAUCAAAGCUGGAUACCAUUCCAGAUGUGCCUCCACCUCGGCCACCAAAGCCACAUCUGACUCAUGACCGAUCUCCUGUGGAAACAUGUGGCAUCCCACGCGCGACCUCAGACACCGAUAGCAGUUACUGCAUCCCCACAGCAGGCAUGCCACCGUCACGCAGUAACACCAUUUCCACGGUGGAUUUGAACAAACUACGAAAAGAUGUGAGUUCUCAAGACUGCUAUGACGUUCCGCGAACGUUUCCAAGUGACAGAUCAAGCUCCCUUGAAGGCUUCCACAACCACUUUAAAAUCAAAACUGUGUUGACAGUGGGAAGUAUAUCGGGGGAGGAACCGGAUGAAAACUACGUCCCCAUGAAUCCCAACUCGCCUCCGCGGCAGCAUUCCAGCAGUUUCACGGAACCAAUCCAGGAAGCAAAUUACGUGCCAAUGACGCCGGGGACAUUUGACUUCUCUUCAUUUGGCAUGCAAGUUCCUCCUCCUGCUCACAUGGGCUUCAGGUCAAGCCCAAAGACCCCUCCCCGGAGGCCAGUCCCUGUGGCUGACUGUGAGCCGCCCCCGGUGGAUAGGAACCUCAAGCCGGACAGGAAAGGUCAGAGCCCUAAAAUUUUAAGACCCAAACCCCAUGGUUUAGAGCGAACUGAUUCACAAACCAUAGGUGACUUUGCUACAAGAAGAAAGGCCAAGCCAGCACCUUUAGAAAUAAAACCUUUGCCUGAGUGGGAAGAGUUACAAGCUCCAGUCAGAUCGCCAAUCACUAGGAGUUUUGCUCGAGACUCACGUCGCCAAUUGGCUCUGGCUGCUACAUAUGGUUAUCAAGCACUCAGAAGGACAGUUACACCAGUCUUGAACAAAAGCAUGGAUUUUUCCUCUAGGUUUCCCAUGUCUCCUCGGCCGGAUUCGGUGCACAGCACAACGUCAAGCAGUGACUCACAUGACAGCGAAGAGAAUUACGUCCCCAUGAACCCAAACCUGUCCAGUGAGGAUCAGAAUCUCUUCGGCACUAGCAGCCUCGAUGGAGGAAACAGCCCUAUGAUCAAGCCCAAAGGGGAGAAGCAGGUGGAGUACCUGGACCUUGACUUGGAUUCCGGGAAGUCCACCCCGCCACGCAAGCACAAAAGCAUUGGGCCAGGAAACAGCGUGGCUGAUGAGAGGGUGGACUACGUCGUGGUAGACCAGCAGAAGACUUUGGCUCUGAAGAGCACCCGGGAGGCCUGGACAGAUGGGAGGCAGUCCACGGAGACCGAAACACCAACCAAGAGUGUGAAAUGAAGAUCCAACAUCUGGGAGUGCCCAGAAAAACCCGAACCGUGUCAUCAAGAUCAAUCCUGUUUGAAGAUGACGAUUCGAGGCUUCCAUCCACAUGAAUCCUCCCAUGAACAGUUCAAGUCCAAGGACCUUUCCAGGCACAUUCAAGCAAAUUAGGCUACAAAUGGUGCUUUGUGGUAUCUGAACAAGUCGUAACAUGUAAAUAACGUGGGGAAAUAGUGUUGUCUUAGUUCCCAAGAGAAACAUCUGUCCCGUAGUUAACACACUCUUGUAUUACUGUAUUUAUGCACUUUUUCAUUUAAACAUUGGUUUGGGUAUUCCCCAUGUAUUUUAACAGAAUUCCUCUGUGAGUUCUUUUUUUUUUUUUUUAAUCUCACACUACUCUAUAUAACAAUACUAAAUUAACUAAGCUACCUUUAGCUCUGGAAGUCACUGUUGAAGCUCCAAGCUAACAACAUUAAAAUGAGGCUCACCUCAGGCUUUGGGUGGUAACAUUCGCUUAAACACACAGUAUAGCUGGACUCCUUCACUGCCUUCCACCACGUUGAGGAUCAUGUGCAUACUGGUGUCAAGCCUUAGUUGUCUGAUUCAUGUGCAUUUACCUUCUAGUGGUAGGACUUUGUUAUAUUUUGUUAAUUUCAGUGUUUUUGGUUCAUUGAGUGGAGAUUCUGCUGGGUGGGAUCUUGCACCUUUGAAAGACUGACUAUCAUUACACUAUCAAAUGUGCCUGCCAUUCAUGGACAGCAUGCAGUGACGGUCUCGCUCUUCCACUUGUUAACACGUAUUCAGUGUUCUUUGCAAAAGUUAGAUUAUAUGACUAAUCAGGUACGUACCAGGCACUGACGUGCUAAUACACUGAUCAGGUUUAGAAAAUGAGCUUUAGCUAGGUUUUUGUUAGUCCUAAUAUUGGUUUCCAGUUUGGAAUUAACAAAACAGUUAACAUCCACUGUUAGUUACAGCAACAUACUGUGAUUUUUUUUUAAUUAGACAGUAAUUCCGAUUACUCUUUUAAGAAUGAAAUACUCUUUUUUGACACCAUAGUGCCCUUUCUAUGAUUUUUUUGUUACUUAAUAUUUUUCUUGGCCUUAUAUUUAAGUCCCUAUGCAAUUAAUGUUUUAUAUCUGCAUAAAAAAAUAGAUGUCAUUUAAGUGAUUCUCAGAUGUAGCACCUAUUGCUUUUUGAGUAAAAAAAUAAUUAAGAUUUCUGUACUGUGAUUGAUACUCACUGCCCCAACUCAAAAACUAUUGUAACCUUGCUAUAGUGGGAAAUCUCAUCAUGAACUCCAGCCAGGCAGAUUGCUGAAACCGCUGGAGGACGGGUAUAAUUCUGUCUCACCUAUAACAUGGCCUUUUGUGAUCUGGAUUUCAAGACCACCAACUACAGUGAGGCUGCAGUUACAUUCAUGUGCUAUGGCCUUACCACAUAAUUUAAAGAACAGGAAUACUGUUCAUUUCUCACCUAAAUCACUUAUAACUUCUAUGCAUUGACUUGAGACUUACUAACAGAUUUGGGAGGGGACAUAAAGAUCUUUAUGCCUACAGCUGAAGCUUCUCCCCUCCACCCGCUCCAUUCAGACCUCCUAACUGUUGCCUCAGUUCAUGAUGUGCCCAGAUUUCUGGCCUGUUGGCCAUAGUACUGUGCCUAAUCAAUGUCCUAGGUUUGUUUCCCCAGUUCCCAAGCUAAGUGUUCAUAACAAGAUGAAUCGUAGACUAGUAACAUUUGAUACUUUUAAAUGUUUGCUUCUUUUUAAACAAAAACUAAAAUCCAAAACUGAAUUUUGAGGUGGAUUUUUAAAUAAAAAAAAGAAUGAG